AUGGGCCAGGCACUGUGCAGGGCAAUGGGGGCACUCUUGGACCAGACAGAUAAGAUCCAGCCCCCAUGGUAUGACAAUGAGCUUAACAAGCUCUCAGAGGCUGAGAAUGAGUUCAUGGUUCUGAAGAGGGAUGUGGAUACAUCCUACAUGACAAAAGUGGACUUGGAAAUAAAAAUGGAGAGUCUGACCAGUGAAGUCAACUUUCUGAGAGCCCUCUUUGAAACUGAGUACAACCAGGUUCUGUUGGAAUCCAGUGAUAUGUCCAUCAUCCUGUCCAUGGACAACAACUGGCAUCUGGACCUGGACAGCAUCAUCACUGAGGUCAAGGCCCAGUAUGAGGGGAUCUCCCAGAGGAACAAGGCAGAAGCUGAGGGGCUAUACCAGGUUAAGCUUGGGGAGCUGCAGACUACAGCUAGCAGGUAUGGUAAUGACUUGAGGGGCACCAAGAAUGAGAUUGCAGAGCUCAACAGGGUGGUCCAGAGGCUGCGGGCCAAGAUUAGAGCAUCAAGAAGCAGGUGUACUAACCUGCAGGCAACAAUUGCUGACACUGAACAACAGGGUGAAUGGAUCCUCAAAGAUGCUCAGGCCAAGUUGGCAGAGCUCAAGAAGGCCCUGCAGCAGGCCCAGGAGAACUUGGCCUAUCUCCUGUGUGACUACCAGGAGCUGAUGAACAUCAAGUUGGCAUUGAAUGUGGAGAUCGCCACCUACAAGAAGAUGCUGGAUGGUGAGGAGUGCAGAUAA